UGUCAAUCUUUUGCGCUUGCCCUAGUUUUUUUGUCUGAGGUUUUUCAUAUAAGCUAAUGCCAAUCAGUUGUUAUCAUUUGAAUGAUCGUUUCAACGCUGGUAUUAUACGGGCAAGUUCUCUAUAAUCUCACAUAGACUCAACGUCCGUUUUUGCUGAAGAUACACACUAUGGCGGACCAAAAAUAUCCUCCGAGUUACGAGGAAAUAAUGAACGAAAACAGAGAAAUGACUCGGGAUCUUCCAAUCGUCGCGGUGCUACCUUCUGCUCCAUAUCCUCAGACAUAUCAACCGGGUGUUCAGGCAACAAUGAGUGCCAUGCCCAAUUAUGGCUCAAUGGGUACUGGAGGCCAGAAAAUGGAACCUAUUCCAGUAGUAAUUCCCCCCGGAGGUGGUGUUAGUACUACCACCACAACCGUUUUGAUUCCUCAAGAAAUCAUUGUGGUCGGAGGAUGUCCAGCUUGUCGAAUUGGGAUGCUGGAAGAUGACUACACUUGCUGUGGGAUUUGUUGUGCGAUUUUCUGUUUUCCGGUUGGAAUUUUAUGUUGUUUGGCAAUGAAAAAUCGACGUUGUACGAACUGUAAUGCGCAGUACUGAGCCCGGAUAUGAAUUGUAAAAACACUAUUGGCUAAAGCGAAAAUGAUCUGCUUUUUUCGAAAAUAUCGAAAAGAUACAUAAAUGUAUACAUGUACGCCUAUUUUCUAAAAGUUACAUGAAUCUUUAUUGGUUUUAGAUUUUACAGAUACAAACAUGGAAAUGAUUGCUAUGGCAAAUAUAUUAAUUUCAAGUUGUA